CAAGCCCAGCCAGGGCUGGCGUGGGUGUGUGUGGCGUUAACUGAUGGCCAACUUCCUAAUAUGGGGGCUACAUCGCCUCGCUCCCGUGGCCUUCAGAGUGCACUGGCAGCAGCUGCGCGAGCCGAGUGUGCGAGUGAGGAGUUGAGGCUGCACAGGAGGUAGAGGAAUCUUCAUAGUGAUCGUCAGCAUUAUCAGCAGCGAUGGAGCCAAAUACGCAAACUCCGAAGCAACGGACUCCAUCUCCCCGCCUCCUGCUCAUGGCAGUCGCUGCGGGGCUCGGUGGCAGCUUCCAGUACGGGCUCAACCUCUCCCUCAUCAACGUCCCCACCAAGGUGGUGCAGGGUUUCAUUAACAGCACGUGGGAGUCGCGCUAUGGGCACCCCGUGAGCAGUUCCGUGCUCACACUGAUCUGGUCCAUCAUUGCGUCCGUGUUCGCCGUGGGGGGACUCGCGGGGGCCAUUCUCGCGGGGCCCAUGGCUCAGCGACUUGGCAGGAAGUGCGGUCUCCUCGCUAACAAUGCGUUCGCGAUCCUCGCCUCUAUCCUCAUGGGGGUGAGCGACGUCUCCUCCUCAUUCGAGCUCCUCAUCAUCGGCCGUUUCCUCAUCGGGGUCAACUGCGGAGUGGGCCUGAGCCUGCAGCCCAUGUACCUGAGCGAGUGCGCCCCACAGCACCAGAGAGGAGCCCUCGCUAUGAGCACAUCCAUCUUCCUCACCCUGGGCAUCUUCUGCGGGCAGAUAGUCGGGCUACGGGAGGUGCUGGGAGGGCAGCGGCAGCAGCAGCAGCUGUGGGCGGUGGUACUGGCGCUCCCCGUGCUGCCGGCGCUCACACAGCUGCUCGUGCUUCCUUUCUUCCCCGAGAGCCCCUGCUACCUCCUCAUCGACAGAGGGCAGCCCCAGCAGGCGCGCCGAGUGCUCGCAUGGUUACGUGGGGGUGAUGGCGAUGGCAGUAAUGGUGGUGGCAGCUGUAGUGAUGUUGCUGCUGGUGGUGGUGAUGGUAACAGCGCUGAUAUUGGUCAGGGCACUGGCAGUUCUCCCCUGGAGCACCAACUGGAUGAGGAGCUUUUGGCCAUGAGAGCGGAGCAGGAACAGAUGUCUGGGGGGGGGCCCAGGUCCGUGUGGGAUGUGAUGAGGGACCGCGGAACGAGGUGGCAGCUUGUCACCGUGCUUCUGCUCAACAUCACUCAGCAGCUCAGCGGACUGAAUGCGAUUUACUUCUAUUCCACGUACGUGUUCAAGGAGGCAAAGAUCUCAGAGGAGAAGAUCCCCUACAUGACACUGGGGACUGGAGCUGCAGAAAUUCUCACCGCCAUGUCCUGCGGCAUGCUGGUGGAUUGCCUGGGCAGGAGACCUCUGCUGCUGUGUGGCUAUGUUCUCAUGUCGCUUUGUUGUGCAGCCAUCACCGUGUCUCUGGCACUUCAGGAGCGCUCUAUCUGGAUGCCUUACCUAAGCGUGGCUCUCAUCUUUGCCUACAUCCUCAGCUUCGGCAUCGGCCCCGGAGGGAUUAUGGGGAUCUUGCCAGCAGAGCUCUUCAUGCAAGACUCACGCUCGGCCGCGUUCGUCAUCAGCGGCAGCGUCAACUGGUUCAGCUUCUUCCUCAUUGGCCUCCUUUUCCCUUUUCUUGUGGAGGACAUGGGGCCCUACUGCUUCGUGUUCUUCAUGGUGGACUGCGUCAUAGGGACUAUUCUUGUGUGCAUCCUCCUCCCUGAGACAAAGGACCGGUCCUUCGUCGAGAUCUCUCGUCUCUUCCACGCAAGAAACUACGGCCACGCGCAGCCCCUCUCCUCCUCCUUGGCCCCUACCACCGCCAUUGCCACGUGCCAGAUCGAGUCUGCGCCGCUUACGCAAAAUGACCAGCUCGAGGAGUGACCGGGGAUGUGCGUUGGUUUUCAAAAAGCUCACGUUGAUUUCCUGCUGCUCACGUUGAGCGUUGAAGCAUUUAUUCUCAUCUCCCGUUUAUAGAACCUGCAGAGUCGUUGGUGGGAAUUCCACAUUCUUAUGGUAAGGGUGGAGUUUCUCCACAUGACAACCAUUUUGAUCUUCCCCCACAGCAUGAUAUUUUUUUUAUCGAAGGAUGAUGGGCCAAAGAAACGCACUAACCGACUCGCAACCUUCCUAUUGCGAGCUGCUCGAUCACUCUACCCACUGAUCCACCAAACCAGAUUUAUUUGCCAUAAAAGUUUAAAUAUAAAACUUAAAAAAGUAAACUGUAGAGGUGGAGACAGAUGCCUUGGUGGCUCUGAGUUAAGAGUGCUGUGCUGGUAAAGCUGUGAUCCUGGGUUCAAAUCCAGGUAUCAUCCACUGCCUGCGAUUUAAACUGGGUUCUAUUGUGUAGUGACGUGAUGGUCUCAGCCCAGUCACGAAUGACUCGCAUAGAGACCCAUGAUAUUAAAUUCGGUUCCGCACUUGAUUUAGAAAAAGAAUCCAUCUCUGAGCAUUAAAACGUCGUUUUGACUGUCACGUGACAAGCAUGGCAUUAAGUGGCAAGGGUGGGUAGGAAAGUGCUACUCUCUACUCUAUAGAUUAGAGGUCACUUGAAGGAAUCUCAGAGGUAGCUCUGUGAUAUUCACAUCGCAGGCCCUGCUCUUGGGUUCCAGUAGCUCAGCAGCUGAUGAUCGUGAGGGUUGGGGAGUUUGACCGGACCUCUAUCCAACCCCUCGUAAAGCAUUCCAGCGCACCUGAGCUCCGGGCAUCACAGCCACUCCCCAGCACAGUCAACCGAAUCAGGGAGCCACUGACUCUUCCAAAAUACACUUUAAUAAUUAAAACAACAACCAAACAUCACAUAAAACAAUUACAUCAUCCAACCCACUCACAUCUCCCCGAGAGUUCCCCAACUGCACAAUGGAGUCUUGACUCUGGAAACUCUUCCUGGCCUUAUGCAGGAGCAGCUUACAGCUUUCGACUCCUGGGCUCUGAUGCAGAAGCAGCUUGCAGCCUCAGACCCCAGCGCUCUUAUGCAGUGAAGAUACGCUGGUCAAUAGUUUCAGUCGGGUGAAUGCUGGAGAGACUCGCGGUCUUCAUACUCAGCGAUACUAUAGACGUCGAACGCCCUCUGGUCACAGGUUGCAGAAAUUUAGAAGCCUAGGAGGUUCAUCAACAGUGAACUCUCCCUUCUUGAAAGUGCACGGUGGAGGCAGGAUCACCACGCAAACGCCACAAUGGCUGAGAGCGGCCUAAAUACCACUCAGCCUGGCAAACUCUGGAACCUGAAAAUAAUAUACUUCCUGUAGCAAACAAUCUGCGUGAAAACUCUGGGACAACCUGUGAAUAACAUUUCUCCUGGACCCCCUCACUCUAUAUAUAUGUUGAACUUCUUUCGGAACGUACGUAGACAACCACGCUAAACGGAGGUGCGGUGGAAGGACAACAAACUAAACACAAAAACCCCUUCUAAAGAAAUUCGUUUUCGAUAUAGAAUAAAAGUGCAUAGCUCGAGUGGCUGCCAAAUAUCAGCAGGAAGAGCAUCCCAGACGAGUGAGACUUUAUAUUGUAUUCGUUUGGCAAAUGUAAGCCAAUGCAGCCCAGUGAGUACUGGACAGAUAUGGUCGGAUUUUGCAGUACCCGUCAUGACACGUCCCAGAGAAUUGUGUACACACUGCAGCUUGGUAAUGUUUUUGCCAGACAUCCCAUAGAGUAGUGAAUUGCAAUAAUCGAGCCUUGUCGAUACUAUACUACACGCAAUCGAGUUGUCGAUGGUAUGACUCAAUAGUGGUUGAAUGUGUCGUAGAGCCCUGAAAUAAAAAUUGCAGGACCUGCCUAUAUUUUGCACGUGGUGAUCAAACGACAUAUUCGGGUCAAGUAUGGUGCUGAGGCUCUUUAGAAGAGUAGAAAACUGAAUCCUGGAGUCCAACCACCACACCUGAUGCUCCCACAAUUUGUUUUCGCCUGAGUGCCAAAAAGCAGAGCCUCCGAAUUUUCUGGAAUAAACAGCAUUUCGUUUAGUGAAAACCGUACGUGCACCGCUUGCAUGCAAUGUUCGAGAUUACCGAGGCUCUUCAUAUUUAACUUUGACUUCACUGCGGUGUACAAUUGUGUACCAUCAGCAUAUUGAUGGAAUUUGAUGUCAUGCGAUGAAAUGAUAUCAGCGAUCAGAGAGACGAAUGUUGAAAAUAGGAAAGGCCGAGGACGAACCCCGAUAGUAUACCACUAGGCACUGCAUAGGCGAUAACUGUCAUCGACCAUCUAGGUAUGAGUCAAUCCACCCCAGUGUCAUAUCUGAUACACCAAACCUUGACCUUAGAUGUCCGAUGAGUAUCUCAAGGUCAAUCGUGUAGAAGGCGGUUGAGAGAUCGAAGCUAACCAAUGCUGCGGUUUACCAGUCGCCUAUCAUUUUGUCGAGGUCAUUAGUGAUCUUAAGUAGAACCGUCUCAGUGCUGUGGAACUUCCGGUAUGUCGACUGCAAAAGUUGGAGUAGUGUUACUUGUGCCAUUCUGAACUGGUCUGUAAAAGAUUUGCGAGGUGGACAAUCGGCAAUGCAAGCACGCCUGAACACGAUUCGAGAAUCGACGUGUGGAUGUAGUCGAUCGGCGACGUCUCAUUUGGCAGUUGUGCAAUGAACAUCGACACCUCUGCCACCGACGUUGAUGCAAGGGUCUCGAGUUUUGCAUUGGUUCCAGGUUGAUCAAACUCAGAUCGCAAACCAGGAGAAUGCCUUGCCUUGUAAUUAGAAAAAUCAAUCUUGAUCAUUGCUUUUAUUGGCAAAGAAUGUCGCAAGUACUGUGGACAUACCGGGCAGCAGACCCUUCAUAACGUGCCACAGAGCAUAAGGGUCACGAACCGAGUCAUUGAUGUGCACAGCAUAAAACGAUCUGUGAAACUCAAUAAUGAGUCGGUUGGCAAAUCUACAAGCCGCUCUGUAAGCGAGUCAGACAGGCUCGAAACUAGUUUUCUUCCAAAAACAUUUCAGCCUCCUCCACAUCUGCUUUGUAACAAUCACCUCGGGUGACAGCUAUUUACUGUGCACAUUCCCUGUUCCCUUUGUGCUUGUUCGGCUGGACAGGAGUUUAUCAAGAACAAUUUUCUAAUUGAGCUCCAAAUUAAUCGACCGUGUACCUGAAAUAUUCAGAAACAACCUUCGAAACUCCCUCACUCUGCCUGAAAACUGAAAUAUAAAAUAUGAUCACACGCAUGCGCCAGUACUCUACUCUUAAACUGUUUAAUUUUGAGAAACACAUUAAACAGUUAACCACUUUACCUGGAAUCUGAAUUAUCAUUGGUGUAAAAUAACGUUCUGCCCUGAACUCUCCUGAUAACCAUUAAAAAAGUAUCUAAUGGCUAUGGCCCCAAUGCAUGGCUCAUAUGUACACCUGGGGGAGGAGGAGCGGCCCGUAAGGGUCGCAACAAUAAUGACGAUAAUGCUGUUGUGUGCCUGACUGGAGCCUGCAAAUGCCACAGCAUGCGCCGGGUAACGUCAUCUUGUGCGGCUUGAAUCAACGCUCGAUGAUGCAUGCG